GAAGACAACUCAGUAAGAUUUGUGCUGAAGUUACUACUGACAUCCCAAGAUGAAGGCCACUACAGUAGCAGUGCUUCUUCUGUUGAUUUCCGCCGUGAUCAUCCAUGGAGUCCCGAUGAACAGGAGUCAGCGUUGUACGUGCAGGGGGACGCCUGUGGAUGCUGUGAGGUGCAAUAACAUCGCUGGCGUGCGAGUGUUCCCGGCCAGUGCAUCCUGUGACAAAACCGAGAUUGUUGUGAAGCGGAAAAGGGGAGGCGGACCUAUAUGCCUGAAUCCUACAUCAAAAAUGGGCAAGAAGGUCCUUUCUUCAAACCUGUCCCCCGACCAGUGGAGCAAGGUGAAAUGUGCAAGCUGAUGUGAGAAUCACAUCACACAAGCUGAUCACACAUCAUUGCACACUUCCUCAACCCAAGGCUGAAGAGACAUCUCCCACCAGCGCACACACACAACUCGCUGGUCUGGAAACAAGCAUGUUACAGCAGGAGAUUUCUUCACAGCUAUAUGCAUCUCUGUAGCAUCACUAAAUGAAAGACUCAGGCAACUUUUGUGUGUAAGGAUGAUAUACUAGUGUGUGUGUGUGUAGACAUGUGAUUUGUGUCAUUGCCCUGGCUGUAUAUGUGAUGCUAUCUAUUUUGUAUAGCAAAACAAACAUGGGAUGGAGAGGAGGGGGUAAGACAGGGGGUUACAGUAGACAGUCUUACAGAAGAGUAUUUAUAUUAUAUAUUUUUUCUGAAUAUCUAUAUGACUAAAUAGGUUUCAUUGAAUAUUUUAUUUUAUUUAUCAUUAUUAUUAUUUUCUAAUAUGAUUUUGAGUGUUUCAAUA